AUGGCCAUCUCCAUUCGACCUGCCACGGCCACUGACCUCCCCGCCAUCCACACCAUCUACACCCACUACGUGCGCAAUUCCGUUCUCACCUUCCUCGUCAACGACCCCGCACUCUCCGCCAUCACCGACAAGUACGACGCUACCCAGGCCCGUGGUCUCCCUUUCCACGUCGCAUGCCUUGAUAACGGAGGAAGUGAGGAGGUGGUGGGAUACGCGUGCGCCUCUGCCUACCGUGGUUAUUUGCUCGGUUACGCCCCGACUGUUGAACUGACCCUCUUCGUGCAUCCGGGCCACCAAUCUAACGGGGCUGGAAGUGCGCUCCUGUCAUCGAUCCUCUCCAGUUUAAAGAGCGAGACGAAACAUCUAGCCAAAGACCUUGGAGGUGAUCCACAGAGGGAAACCUGCUGUGAAGGUGACGGACACGGUGUCAUGGUGAGGAAUCUAUUAGCUAUUAUGGCAGUAGAUACAGAAGGAAAGGGAAAGGGAAUGCGCCUGAGAGACUGGAUUGAUGUGAUACAUUUACAGUAUGCCCUGAGUUGA